GACGGAGUACAGGAGUCUCAUAGCGGACUAUAUGCACCAUCUGUCCAUUAUAGCGGACGACUCCAUCAACUGCGGACCAGUUCUUAAUUGGCUACAGAUGGACAACAAAGGGCACAAACUGCUGGUGGCUAACGAGGAUUCUAGUUCCAUAAACACGCCCGCCGUCGCCGCCGCCUAUUCAGUACGAAAAUACGUCUCACAGGCGAGGGACGAAAUCAGCUUCGAAGUUGGCGAUAUGAUCUCAAUAAUAGACAUGCCUGGUCCUCAAGAGUCAACAUGGUGGCGCGGCAAGCGCGGGUUCCGGGUCGGAUUCUUCCCGCACCACUGCGUGGCUGUGAUCGGGGAUAAAGUCCCCAGGCACAUGACGCAGCCUCCGCCUAUAGUCGGGUGAGUGUCCUCUCUCCGGGUCCUCGAGAGU